CCCUCCUUUCCCCCCCCCCCCCCCCCCCCCCCACCUCUUCUCCAUCAUCAACCAUAAACAAAUGCUAAAAAACAACCAUCUAAAAUUUCAUUUCUCUCUGCAUAAAAACAUCAUGGCCUAGCUGUUCUUGGAUCCGGGGAUUCUGGGUCUUUCAAUUUAUUUAUACAUAUACCACUUAAAAAACUUGUAGUCCACAAGACAUGAUUUGGUUCCUCCCAUUGUCUCUCUCCCUAGCCUCAACUCAACCAACCAAACCCUCUUCCUUUGUGUACUUUCUUCCUCUCUCAUUACACUUUGUAGCAUAGCUGUAAUGCCUGUAAAUCCAUGGAACACCCUCUUCUCUUUCCUAACAAUUGUUACCAUUUCCCUCUUGAACCCUUCUGUAGCUUUCGCCGUUAAUCCACAAGGCGAAGCUCUUCUUUCAUGGAAGCAAAGCCUAAAUGGAUCCACUGUGGCCUUGUCUAAUUGGAACCCAAGUGAUGAAACUCCAUGUGGGUGGUCUGGAAUCACUUGCAACAUCAACAAGGAGGUUGUGGAAUUGGAGUUAAGGUACUUGGAUUUAUAUGGUACAGUUCCAACUAAUCUCUCUUCAUUGGUUUCAUUAACCAAGGUUGUACUUUCUAGUACAAACCUCACGGGUUCAAUCCCAACACAGAUUGCUACACUACAUGAACUGUAUUACUUGGACUUGAGUGACAAUGCGCUAACCGGCGAAAUCCCAUCUGAGAUUUGCAACUUGCUUAAGCUCCAAGAAAUCCACCUCAACUCAAACCAGCUAGAAGGCUCAAUUCCGGUUCAAAUUGGCAACCUCGCAAGCUUGAAAUGGCUGACUCUCUAUGACAACCAGCUCAAUGGAGAAAUACCCAGUUCCAUAGGCAACUUGAAGAACCUCCAGGUGAUAAGAGCCGGUGGAAACAAGAAUCUCGGAGGCCUUAUACCCCGAGAAAUCGGGAAUUGUACCGAGUUGACCAUGUUAGGCCUAGCCGAAACAAGCGUCUCGGGUUUCCUUCCUCCGAGUCUCGGCCUCCUCAAGAAGCUCGAAACCAUAGCCAUCUACACAACUCUCCUCUCCGGCCAAAUCCCACCUGAACUCGGCGACUGCACAGCCCUCCAAAACAUCUACCUCUACGAAAACUCACUCACCGGUUCAAUACCGAAAAGUCUCGGAAACCUGAAAAGCCUCCGAAAUCUUCUGGUAUGGCAGAACAGCUUGGUGGGUGCUAUUCCAUCAGAGCUUGGGAACUGCAAGAACUUAACGGUUUUCGACGUUUCGAUGAACUCGCUAACCGGAAACAUUCCGGAAAGUUUCGGAAACUUAUCGGCUUUGCAGGAACUUCAGCUGAGCAUGAAUCAGAUAUCGGGCGAAAUCCCAGCACAACUCGGAAACUGUACAGAGCUCACUCACAUCGAGUUGGACAACAACCGUAUCGCCGGUACGAUACCACCCGAAAUCGGAAACCUCCCGAAACUUCAGCUGCUUUUCUUGUGGCAAAACCAGCUGGUAGGUCCCAUUCCAUCUUCAAUCUCCAAAUGUCAGAAUCUCGAAGCCGUUGAUUUGUCCCAAAACGGUUUAACCGAAAACAUUCCUCAAGGAAUCUUCGAGCUCAAGAAGCUGAACAAGCUGUUGCUUCUCUCCAACGAUUUAUCGGGCGAGAUACCGGAAAGUAUCGGAAACUGUUCGUCUCUGAUUCGGUUCCGAGCUAAUGGAAACAAGCUUACGGGGCCGAUACCGAGACAGAUUGGCGCCUUGGAGAAUCUGGAUUUCUUGGAUCUCGGAUCGAAUCGGAUAUCGGGUGGCGUGCCGGCCGAGAUUUCGGGUUGCCGAAACUUGACGUUUCUCGAUUUGCAUUCGAAUUUGAUCGCCGGAGAGGUUCCCGGUGAGUUAAGCCACCUUGUUUCAUUGCAGUAUAUUGACUUUUCGGAUAACUUGAUUGAAGGUGUUCUGAGUCCGAGUCUUGGAUCGCUGAGUUCACUCACCAAACUCAUUCUCGGGAAGAACAAGCUUUCUGGUACGAUUCCGAGUCAACUCGGUUCGCUUUCGAAGUUACAGUUGUUAGAUCUGAGUAGCAACGAACUGUCGGGGAAUAUUCCGGCGAGUCUGGGGAAGAUUCCUGCGCUGGAGAUUGCAUUGAAUCUGAGUUGGAACCAACUUGCCGGCGAGAUUCCGGUGGAGUUCGCUGGGUUAGACAAGCUCGGAGUAUUAGAUCUCUCUCACAACCAUCUCUCCGGCGAUCUCCAAUAUCUCGCGGACCUUCAAAAUCUCGUGGUCCUCAACGUCUCCUUCAAUAACUUCUCAGGGCGCGUGCCGAACACUUCGUUCUUCGCCAGCCUCCCUCUCAGCGUCCUCGCCGGAAACCCCUCUCUCUGCUUCGCCGCGAACGAUUGCAACUCAGAAAAUCCCAAAUUAUCUCCAAAAUCUCGUACACGCGCCGAGGCAGCGCGUGUGGCAAUGAUAGUUCUAUUGUGCGCUGCUUGCGCUUUGCUCAUCUCGGCGCUCUAUAUCGUGGUGAACUCAAAGAAGAAAGGCCUUGGUGGGGCCCAAGACGAUCCCAAUGCUGAUGUGGAAAUGGGCCCACCAUGGGAAGUGACACUUUACCAGAAAUUAGACCUGUCAAUUUCCGAUGUGGCAAAAUCAUUGACACCUGGCAACAUAUUGGGCCGAGGUCGAUCUGGGAUCGUUUACAAAGCCACAAUAUUCCCGUCAAACUUAAUGAUUGCCGUUAAAAGAUUUCGGUCAUCAGAAAAGUUGUCUGCAUCGGCUUUUUCGUCCGAGAUUGCCACACUGGCACGAAUCCGACACCGAAAUAUCGUGCGGUUGUUAGGUUGGGGAGCUAAUAGAAAAACGAAACUGCUUUUCUAUGACUACUUGGCUAACGGUAAUUUGGACACAUUGUUACAUGAGGGGUGCGCAGGAUUAGUGGAGUGGGAGAUUCGGCUCAAGAUAGCAUUAGGUGUGGCUGAAGGGCUUGCUUACUUGCAUCAUGAUUGUGUGCCUGCUAUCUUGCACCGGGAUGUGAAGGCCCACAAUAUAUUGUUAGGGGAUAGGUAUGAGGCUUGUUUGGCUGAUUUUGGGUUUGCAAGGUUUGUAGAAGACAAUAAUAAUUCAUUCUCGGCUAUUCCACAAUUUGCUGGAUCUUAUGGCUAUAUUGCUCCUGAAUAUGGUUGUAUGCUAAAGAUCACAGAAAAAAGUGACGUAUAUAGCUUUGGGGUCGUUUUACUAGAGAUCAUAACCGGGAAAAGACCGGUGGAUCCAUCAUUUCCUGAUGGGCAACAUGUGAUUCAAUGGGUACGUGACCACCUGAAGAGCAAGAAUGACCCAGUUGAGAUUCUAGACCCCAAGCUUCAAGGCCAUCCAGACACCCAAAUUCAAGAAAUGUUACAGGCCUUAGGAAUCUCCCUCCUAUGUACAAGCAAUCGUGCUGAAGAUCGACCGACAAUGAAAGAUGUGGCAGCAUUAUUAAGAGAAAUUCAACAUGAGCCCACCAUAGGAAAUGAGGGCCACAAGCUGAAUAGCAAUUCAUUGAAAAAGAUGGAAAAGCCAUCCUAUUCAAUUUCAUCAUCGUCGGUGACACCAGCUCAACUGCUACUCCUCCAAGGCUCUUCUCAUUGCUCAUUUGCUUAUUCAUCUUCCUCAGCUGGUUAUAUAUCAGAACAUCAAUAGCUAUAUAGAUUUUUAUGUGUCAUUAUGUAGUAAGGGAAAUAUAUAUGUUCCAAUAUUGAUUUGUAGUUGUAGGGGUUUUUUAAUAUAUAAAGAAACUGUAAAGAGUUAGCAAGGAUCAAUAUUUUGGAUAAUUUGAAAACAAGUUAAGCAAAAUGAGUGUAUAGCAACUUGAAAUUGUUGUCCCUAGUAAAUGUGAUUAUUUGAUAUUUCCCAAA